AUGAGGAUGGUGCCGGCGCUGGUUCUGCUGAGCUCCCUCCUGGGCAUCCCCGCCGCCCCUUCCCGGCAUCCCGCCUGCUCCCGGAGGGCCCUGGGAGACCUGCGCUGCCACAGCAUCCCCCAGGGCGCCGAGAACCUCCGGCAAGUGCCGGGCGGUCUGCAGGAUCACUUCUGGGAAGGAGAGGGCUGCGAGGUGAUCUGUUACUGCACCCGGGAGGAGCUGCUCUGCUGCCCCAAGGAUAUUUUCUUUGGAUCAAAGAUAGCUUUUGUGAUCCCCUGCGACAGUCAGUGA